UAUCGCAGAUGGUUAAUACGUGUUGUAUUGGAAACUGUUAAAAAAUCCCCAUUGCGUUUUAAUGUGUAAUUUCCCCAAUUAUGCUGAAAAUAGCAAACAAGGAGGCAGUAAAUAGGGUCAUUAUUUUGCCGAUUUAUUAUGGUGCAUGAAAUAAGAAGCGGAAUUCAGUUUUCCUUAGUUUUCACCUAGGCAAAGUGAUCGCAAGUGAUCCACGCACUGUCACCAAAGCAAACAUUCACCUGUUAUCACCUCCUCAUUGUAUUUGAACGCUCUGAGUACGUGGGUAGGAGAUGAGCCGCAGUGGUGACAUCACAUCAUCUCUCCUCGUGACGAUAUCAAGUAAUUAUUAAACAACAUAGGUAUUCCAAGUAUCAAAAGUGUAUUGUUCCUCGUUGACCAUUUUACAAAAGUCAUAAAAUCGGCACAACAAUCUCAUGCACCCAUCACGACCUCCCUGCUCGAUGAUUCAUCCAUGAAAGUAAACUUUGUGCACAGCCUUCCAGUGCAGUCGUGUGGAGAUUAAAUUGUGCUGCCAGACUUAAUCAGUAGAUACAUAAAUCAACAUAGCCAGAAGACGGCAGCGUUUGGACUGAGAAGAUGGUGGACGUGGUCAAGAACGGAAGUGGCGUGAGGACGGAUGGGGCUGGUUUGAUUUUGAAUCCACGCUACCUGCAACCCUAUCCAUUCGAGGUGUAUGAUGCAGCAGGUUGGUACGGUUGGAUGGAGAGGCGUUGGACAUGGGUGGCAGUGCCGGUGUCGAUCUUGUAUGUCCUGCUCAUUUUCCUUGGUCAGCGGUAUAUGUCUCGGAGAGAAGCUUUCUCCCUGCGUUUACCACUCCUUCUCUGGAACGUCUCCCUCGCCUUGGGUAGUUUCUGGAUGUUCCUUCGUAUGGUGGCCGAACCCGUGGAGGAAAUCAAGGUGCGAGGCUUCUAUCAGACCAUCUGCAGUCGGGAAAACCAUACCGUAAUCUCCUCGUUUUGGUGCCUGAUCUUCACUCUGAGCAAAGUCCUAGAAUUUGGUGACACUGGGUUUAUCGUGUUGAGGAAGCAAAAGUUGAUCUUUCUCCACCCCUGGCAUCAUGUAACUGUGAUGCUGUACACCUUCUAUACUUUUGGUCCAACCUUCGAUCCUGCGGGGCGUGUCUUUGGUCCAUCCAACGCUCUGAUCCACUCCUUCAUGUAUUUGUACUAUGCCUCCAAGUCUCUGCGGUUGAAGGUGCCGCAAUGGGUUUCGAAAGGAAUCACCAGUAUGCAGAUCCUUCAGAUGAUCGGAGGUCUCUGGGUCAACCUCCUCUCCUUUUUUGGAAAAGCCGUGUGGGGUGAUUGCAACCACCGACCCUGGAGCAACAUUGCGUGGGCCCUGGCCAUGUACACGAGCUACCUCGUCCUCUUCCUCAAGUUCUUUGUGGCCAGCUAUGGGCGACGGGGUGGUCGCGGGGGGAAGGUCAUCAACAAUGACAACAAGCUGGACUGAGCAGUACUCUUCGGUUGUUAAUUCGUAUUAGUGGGACACCACCUCUUAAACCAACUUGUCAUAAUUUCCAUGUAUUAUACUCGCCUUGUAGAAUAAAUAAACAAAAAGUCUGAAAUUA